CUUCGAAGGCCCGCUCCCAUCCUCUUCAGUUCUCCCCAGCAAUGGCGACGCUGCACACCCUCUCUCCAAUCCCCAUAAACUUCCCAUUCUCUUUCAAAACUCGACCACCUUCUCAAUGGAGCUCAAAUUUUCAAAAAACCAUUCAAAACCGCGCAAUUACCUCGGUCCCCGCGGAGCCAAAACUCGACCCAAACAAUCAAAUCAGGGAGCUUUGCCAAAUGGGUAACCUUAAAGAAGCUAUAGAAUCCAUCACCCAUCUCGAUCCCGUCGGCCCAGAAUCUUACCUCUCGGUUCUCCAGCUCUGUGCUGAUCUCAAAUCCUUAGCCGACGGCAAGAAAGUGCAUUCUACGAUGUCUUCUAGCAGAGUUGACAUCGAUACGUCAUUGGGUUCAAAACUGGUCUUUAUGUACGUAAAAUGCGGGGAAUUGAGAGAAGGGAGAAGGAUUUUCGAUGAAUUGGCGUGCAAGGAUCAUACUUACACCUGGAAUCUGUUAAUGGGUGAGUAUGCGAAAGCUGGAGACUUCAAAGAAAGCCUUUGUUUGUUUAAAAGGAUGUGGCAAUCGGGGAUUAGGCCGGAUUCACGAACUUUCUCUUGCAUUUUGAAGUGUUUUUGGGCACUGGGGAGAGUUAAGGAAGGAGAAGUGGUUCACGGGUAUGUGACGAAAUUGGGUUUUGAUGCUUGCACUGUUGUUAGCAAUGCUCUCAUUGCGUUUUACUCCAAAUGCAAUCGUGUUGAUUGUGCAGUUCAGAUGUUUGAUGGAAUGCUUGACAAGGAUCUUGUAUCAUGGAAUUCAAUUAUAAGCGGCUGUGUAUCAAAUGGACUCCCGUUAAACGGGGUAGAGUUGUUUGCAGAGAUGUGUUCUUCAGGAGUGAAUUUGGAUUUGGCAACACUAGUUAGUGUUCUACCGGCGUGUUCAGAAAUGAGUUUUAUCAAAAUGGGUCAAACAAUUCAUGGGUAUUCAGUGAAAGUUUAUGGUAACAAGGAGAUAACUCUAGUAAACGCUUUGAUCGACAUGUAUUCAAAAUGUGGAAAUUUGGGUAGCGCAAAGAUACUUUUUGAGAGGAUGGAAGAUAGAAGUAUUGUGUCUUGGACUUCGAUGAUUUCGGGUUAUACACGAAAUGGAUGGUUCGAAGAAGCUAUGGGAUUAUUUGAGAUGAUGGAGUUAGAAGGCAUUAGUCCGGAUUUAUAUGCUAUUACUAGUGUUCUUCAUGCUUGUGCAUGUAACGGAUCCUUUGACCAAGGUAAGCGCAUGCAUGAUUUUGUUGCGAGAAAUGGGUUAGAAUCCAAUAUCUCUGUUGUGAAUUCACUGAUGCAUGUGUAUGCAAAAUGUGGGGAUAUGGAAGCUGCUAGAAUGGUAUUUGACUGUGCAAAUAAGAAGGAUAUAAUAUCAUGGAAUACAAUGAUAGGAGGGUUUUCAAAGAAUUGCCUUCCAAAUGAGGCACUUGAACUCUUCAUCAAGAUGCAAUGCCAUUCGAGACCUAAUCGCGUUACAAUGGCUUGUGUCCUUCCUGCUGUCGCUAGUCUUUCAUCUCUAGAUAAAGGGCGAGAGAUGCAUGCACAAAUUUUAAGAGCCGAGGAUUUAUCAGAUCUUCAUGUGUCUAAUGCUCUUGUUGACAUGUAUGCAAAAUGUGGUGCUUUAUCGUUUGCGCGUAAAAUAUUUGAUCGAAUCAUUGAUAAGGAUCUAAUCUCAUGGACUGUUAUGAUUGCUGGAUACGGAAUGCACGGGCAUGGAAGAGAGGCAAUUAAUGCUUUCAAGGAAAUGAGAUGUCAAGGAAUAGAACCCGAUGGUGCUUGUUUCAUCUCUAUACUGUAUUCAUGUAGCCAUUCAGGGUUAAUUGAUGAAGGAUGGAGAUUUUUCAAUAUCAUGAAGCAUGAAUACAAAAUAGAACCUACAGUACAACACUAUGCUUGUAUGGUUGAUUUACUUAGUCGAGCUGGGAGAUUAACCAAAGCAUAUAACUUCAUUACAUCGAUGCCGAUAAAGCCAGAUUCAGCUAUUUGGGAAUCAUUGCUCCGUGCUUGUAGAAUCCACAGGGAUGUAAAGCUUGCUGAGAGAGUUGCUGAGCAUGUUUUUGAACUAGAACCUGAGAAUACCAGCUACUAUGUUCUUCUUGCUAAUUUAUAUGCAGAAGUGGAAAAAUGGGAGGCUCUCAAAAAAAUCAGGGAGAAGAUCAGUAGGCAUGGGAAACAAAAACACCGAGGUUGCAGUUGGAUAGAACUCAGGAACAAAGUUCAUGUUUUUGCUUCUGGCAGCAAAUUACAUCCUCGAUCAGAAAAGAUAGGAUCAUUUCUUGAAGAUGUAAGAAAAAGAAUGAAAGAGGAGGGUUAUUUUGGGCAAAAUAAAUUUAUUUUGAAGGACAGGAAUGAUUAUUUGAAGGAGGAUGUUCUCUGUGGACAUAGUGAGAUGCAAGCAAUUGCUUUUGGGAUAUUGAACUCAUCUAAGGGGAAGCCUGUUCGAGUAACUAAGAAUUUGACAGUGUGUGGUGAUUGUCAUGAGGUUAUAAAAUUCAUGUCGAAGAUGGUUAGUAGAGAGAUUACAUUGAGGGACUCUGAACGUUUUCACCAGUUUAGGGAGGGGAGGUGUUCCUGUAGAGGCUCUUGGGGAGCUGAACUAAAGAAGAAUCAGGGACUCUAUCAAGAUGCAGACUCUUUCGGGAUUUCACUAGGCACACAGGGAAACAUGGCAAGGAGAAAGUGAAGUUGAAGAGGGAAUACAAAAGAGAUGACAUUCCUUUCCUCCAUUUUAUGUAUCUCAACCUCAUCACAAUUCACAAGUAAGUAUCUACUAACUUACUUCCUUAUGUCAAACUGACCUUGUUCAUAAAAAAAGGGUCAUAAUAUAGACAGAAAAUGGAAGAAAAUGGAAAGAAUACUAACAUGUUUUGUUUAUAAAUUCUGUGAAAGUGAAACCAAUUGUAACCUACAUGCUUGUCUUUACUCUAUUGGUGUAAUUUACCAAG